AGGGGCGGCCGUCGGUGCGUCUGCCCUCCCGUUCCCCGCCCCCGCCCCCGCCUCCGCCGCGGCUCCCGCCUCCGCCUCCCGUCCCCCGCGCCUCGCCUCCCUCCGCGCUCGGCCCGGCCCCCCCGAGCGGCCGCGGAGACCGCGCAGCGCGGGAGGCGGGAUCCGCACGGGCGAGCGUUUCAGGGGAAGGCUCGGACGUUCGGGAGUGGUCGCCCGCGGGAUAUUGGUCGUUCCGUGAAACCCCGAACUUGUGCUCCUGUGGAGAGAACGAUUUUUAUGACCGCCGCGUCAGAGCAGACGCUGAACUGAAAUAAGUCAGAAUGAGUUAUGCAGAAAAACCUGAUGAAAUCACAAAAGAUGAGUGGAUGGAGAAACUCAAUAACUUGCAUGUCCAGCGGGCGGACAUGAACCGCCUCAUUAUGAACUACCUGGUCACAGAGGGCUUUAAGGAAGCAGCAGAGAAGUUUCGAAUGGAAUCUGGGAUUGAACCUAGUGUGGAUCUAGAAACACUGGACGAGCGGAUCAAAAUCCGUGAGAUGAUCCUGAAAGGCCAGAUCCAGGAGGCUAUUGCAUUGAUCAACAGUCUCCAUCCAGAGCUCCUGGACACAAACCGGUACCUUUACUUCCAUCUGCAACAACAGCACCUCAUAGAGCUGAUCCGCCAGCGUGAGACCGAGGCGGCGCUGGAGUUCGCGCAGACCCAGCUGGCGGAGCAAGGCGAGGAGAGCAGGGAGUGCCUGACGGAGAUGGAGCGCACUCUGGCCCUGCUGGCCUUUGAUAACCCCGAGGAGUCGCCUUUUGGAGACCUGCUUCAUAUGAUGCAGAGGCAGAAGGUGUGGAGUGAGGUUAACCAAGCUGUACUAGAUUAUGAAAAUCGUGAGUCAACACCCAAGCUGGCAAAAUUACUGAAACUCCUCCUUUGGGCUCAGAAUGAGCUGGACCAGAAGAAAGUAAAAUAUCCCAAAAUGACAGACCUCAGCAAAGGUGUGAUCGAGGAGCCCAAGUAGAGUCUGUGCCUGUGGCCCCGUGCUUCCCCGGCUCGGACUCCUCGGAGCAGCUGUCUGGGACUGAGAGAUUUUUACUGCAGUAGAGAACUCUCCCCCCUCCCACCUUUUUUUUUUGACCUGGCAUCUUUUUUAAAGGGAAAAAUGGCCCUUUUGAGCGCUGGAAAACUUGCAGUGAAUGACCUGUCUCUUUGGAAGUGUGAUGCAGACUCUGCUCGGGCGUGCCCUGAAGGCGUGGAUGGGCCGCGCUCCUGCUUUGGGGCUCUUGCAGGAUCGCGGCCACCACGGAGUGCUCGGUUAUGAGGGAAUAUUGUUAAACUGAGGCCUCCCACUCAAAUCUACAAAAAGCACUGAUCGUUAUUUUGCUUUCUGUUAGCUCGUAGGCAGAACAUACGUUUUCUCAGAUCUCCUAAGACUUGUCAGGCCUUUGUGCAGAAGUUUUUUCUUACCCCUUGGUUUUUUGUUUUUGUUUUUUCAUAGGAAAGACUAUAUAAAUUUGUAAAUCCUAAUUGAAAGAUUUCUUUUGUGUGAGGGCGUUGAGUUUGAUUUGUUUUCCCUUUUGGUCUGGGUUGUGUGGCUCUUGGGGAGAAGUGUGCGUGAGGGGUGGGGCUGUGUGUUUUUUAAUUUUUUAAAUAUAUAUUUUGGUGCUGGUUGUGGUGAGAGACUCUUUCCUAGUGGAUCAGUGAACCUUCUCUUCUAGGCAGUUUUGUUGAAAAUAAAGGUUUCUCUUUGAUCUCAAGAAUGACCAAAAUGGCCUCUAAAAAGUUUUAAUCAUCUCAGACAAACCUGUUGCUUUCAGGGCUUAUGUCCUGGUGGUGGUGGCGGUGCAUCAGCUCAUCCCUGCGGCCGGAGGGCCCCUCGGCCUGGUGUGGCCCGCGUGCUUGGGAGCAGACGCGGCGGGGGAGGGAGCGCCGUGCUGCCAGCUGUCCCUGGGCCGCAGGUUCCCUGGCUGGGAGCGCGUGCUUGCCUCAGGAGGCUGGCACCACAGGUCGGUGUGUGCUCGCUGUCUCGUGCUGGUUGUGAGUUCCCAGGCGUCCUCAUUCGGCACUUUCUCAAGUCCCGCCACUGUGCAGGCGCUGGGACGCAGGUGCCCCUGAGACUCGGAGUGCGAACACGUGUGUGGACUCACGGCAGGGGCCACUGGGCUCAGGUUCUGUAGGGCGACGGUUACAGAGCCAAGUCUCGUGGUGGUGACGGUGCCCGGGAGCGCACGUCCUCUGGUGGGAGCUCCCAGCUGCUGCGGUGGCUGGGACUCUGUCCUCCCUGGGUGGAUCGUGGUGCCGGGACGCGGCCUGGCACCUGGGGCGUCGUGGAGGUAGAUGCCAAUGGCAGCCGAGUCGCAGGGAGCGUGUUCCCGCGUCAGGCAAGGUCGGGCAGGCUUGUGGCCGUGCCCGUAGGUCAGGUGGUGGGCGUCUGCUUGCUGGGCCCCGUCCCCCAUCUGCCUGCAGACCUGGGCAGCAUCGUGAAGGGCUGUCAUGUCAGCUCUUCUCUCACUCCCCGUCUGCUUUCCACCUGCACUCUGGGAGUAGUGGUUUUCUCCAGUGGGCAGGAACCUCGGGCAGGGUCGGCUGCCCUGGGUGGUCACCGAUGCAGAGGCAAGGUGGUGCAGGCUCGGGGGGCUGUCCUGGCCUCUGACUGCCCUUCUGCUGCCCUUGUGGUUUUGUGAGGAUGAAGGGGGGGGGGGUCUUCUCGACGCCCGGGAGCGGACGUGUUUCCGCUCUGACCAGCUCAGCAGUCCUCUCCAAAUGUGACCUUUCUUUGGGGCCAUUUCCUCUGAGGCUUGAGGGUAUUAAGAGCAGAAGGUUUUAAUCUUCAGGUAAUUAAUCGUCACACACAGCAGAAGCUGGAAGAGAAAUACCAGCAGAAAGGUGUGGGUAAACCUACGUGUUUGAAAAGCACCAGAGAAUUCAGCAUGUUUCUAGUCAGCUUUUAUUAGUCGUGUAUAUAAGAUCAUUUACGUGCAUAAUUAAUAUAUAAUCACCCUGACACGUUUUUCACAUUAGAGGGUGUGAGAUGCGUAGUGACGGGAAGUUCUGUACGCGGAGCCACCCAUGAGCCAUCAGGGCCCGGACAGGGUUUGUCACGCGCAGGAAAUGUGAGUGAGCGGCUGAAGGACAGAGUGCUGGUGCGCGCCCACCUGUUGGGGCCGUGAGUGACGUCACAGGCGGGUGCUGCCGCCAGUGGUGGCCACGUGUGGUGUGAUGGGGACCCUCAGCUGUGCUCCUGUUGUCCUCGCCUCUGUCUGCGGCCCGGGUUCGGGUUCGCGCCUCCUGCGCUGUCCCUGUCUGGGGACCUCCUUCAGCAGGAGUGGCUUUGUGGACUUCCCUGUUUGCCACCUUUUUGCAGUCUCUGUGUCUUCAGCCGGCAAACUAAAUUAAGCCAUUUUGAAGUAUAAUUUGGUUUUUCUUCGUUUCUUUUGGAUCUUGCCGUUGUGUUUAUUAAAAUGUAAUGUUUUACAUAGUUUAUUCUUUUUACGUUUUCUUGUGGAAAGUGCCUUGAAAUAAAUAAAAUUUGAGAAUAUUCUGGUACUCUAUGUUCCUGAUAUCAUGAAGUUGUGUGAGGAAUAACCCCUAGUUUGGAAUCUUUACGCGGCAUAGGGAUUAUUGCAAAUCCAACAAGAGCUAAUAUAUUUUGCCAUGUGAAUUAAGGUUUCCAGGCUCUAGAAAAGGCAGAUGUGUUUUGGGACUGGUCUUUGGGAUGGACUGAAGACCCCAUGUGUGAGUCCUCGGGGUCAAGGAGGUGGCUCUUCCCUGCAGUCAGGAUGCCGCUCCCGAGGGCAGUCUUUGUCAGGCAGGGUGAGGUCUGUUUCCUUGGACAGUGUUACUUUAGGGGAGGGGAGGAGCCGGGGGUUUCAGAAAGAACUGUGUACAUUUUGUGUUAAAGGCAAUGAUGUCUUUGGGGUAAUGGGGCAGGACCCGCUUCUGGGAGUUACCGUGGAGUCCCAGCAGGAGCAGAAGGCCAGACCAAAACCAUCAGGCCGGCUUGCCUGCCAGCCGCCGGAGGCGCUGAGCCGUGCACAGUAGGACAUGGGGGCCAGGCUGCAGGGCUCAGAAGCCCUAUGGUGCAGCAUUUUGAUAGGUUAUUCUGACACCACGUGCUUCAUUUUUACAGCGGGUAUGUUUCUGUUUCAGAAAUGUGUUGCUUUUUCGGAUUUAAGAGUAAAUUGUAUUGUCCGCAUUGGUCAUGUGACUUUCGUAUGAGCCUCUGCACCCCUGGUUCCGAGUCCGCUUUGUUCCUGAGGGUGUGUGCCCGCCACAGCGUCUUCUGAAAAAUGCAGAGUAGGUUGCUUUUGCUGCCUGUUCUUAAUUUCAUAGUACAACUUCUAUGUUUUUCUCAGAGGGGUUAUCUGGAAGGUCUUUUGUAUUUUCCCCCGUAAAGAUAUUCUAAUAAGAAUAAAGAAUUCAAUACGAUACAUGUUCCGUUGGAAGCCCAUCUGUGAGAACCGGCGGAAGGAAACUUAGUUUCACACAUCUUUAUGCUCUGCUGCCGUUCUGUUCCCUCUGACCAGCGCCGUCCGGUGUCCCGUCUGCACCUCUGAGAUCUGUCGUCUGUUCUCUAGAGCUGUGGUCCCGAACUUUCAGUUUGGUGAAGGAAAUAGAUUGGGGUCACCUGCUGCAUGAUUUUAACCUGAAAAGUUAUUUUUUUUUAAUACUCAUGAAUAUGUCCAGACUUUGAAAGUAGAGGGGCUGCCGCGGUGCGCGCCGGGCCCUUCUCCCUGUAGGGCUUGUGCCCCGGCCAGCCGGGGCCGUUAGCGGCUCGUGUGAAGGGCAGUUGUGGGACACAUGACGGAGACUUGGAGUGACAGCUUCCCAGUGCCUUCUAGUGAGUGCAGAAGUGAGGGUGCCUCGUGCUGGAGCCGCGGCAUCAUGGGCUGUAGCCCCCACGGGUUUGUGGACACUGGAGAGGGGGAGGAAGCCCCCCGGCACUCUUCCCCAGGCGGCGACGGCGUCUAAGCCCUUCUUCACGCCAGCGCAUCCCUCCUUGCAGGAGGCAGUGUGGCAGUUCGUGGGGAUGUCCCCACGCAGAGCACUUGGCGUGUGGCUUUGCACUCAACACCAUCUGAGGUGUUUGGCUGGGACCACAGUCCCUGGUGCGUGAGGCCUGCCUGUCUUGGAUGUUGUGCCUUAAUUCCAAGAUGCCAUCGAGGCGCUUUUCCCGUCCUCAUCGUGACUGACUUCCGUGGAUGUGAAGACAGGGUUUGAUGGGCCUUUGGUGUCUGUGGCUGAGCUGCUCUGCCUCUGCAGGACACCAGGCCCCGGCUCCAGCGGCCUGAGGUCCUUGGGGGCUGGGGGGAUGGUCUGGGUGAGCUGGUCGUCCUAUCGCUGCACCUGCGGGGCAGAGGUCUUUCUCGUUGCAGGGAGCAUGUGGUAGGGCUGAGAUUCCUCUGCACGUUGGGAAGUCUCCCAGCUGGAAGGCCAGGUGGAUGGGUCUGUUCUGACCGUGGCGCAGAAGAACGUCUGUCUGACUCCUCUAUAUUCAGCUCCAACCAAAAUCAUUGGCAGAAGGAGUGAGAGGUGGGGGCAGUGGAUUUAUCUGCACGUACCUUCCCACCUGGCUGCACUCUGAAGCAGGUCACACUGCAGGCCCCCUGCCCGGCUGUGGACGCAGCACAGGCAGGUGGGCGCACUACGCUGUGUGCCGUGGGACUCUGCCUCCCACUGGAGCCGGGGGACGAGGAGGCAAGGCUACAGGGACUGCUGGACUCAGGUGUCGGAGCACUGCCUGCCCGGGACUUCUCCCCCUGCCGUGCGGCCACAGACUCCUGCAGGCCGGGUCUCCUCUGCCGCAGACCGAGGUGUCACACAGCUGGCAUUCUCCCAACUGGCUUUUGAAAGUGAAGCAAGCCUGAGGAUCAUCGAGAACUCCUGGCUGGGCGGCAGGGGCCCCGGGGGGUGGGGUGGGGUGGGGCAG